AUGAAAAAAGCUGGUGAAGAAUUAAGUCAAAAAGAUGAGUUCACUACUUAUGGACAAUUGAUAGCUCAUAAAAUUCGAAACCUUAAUACAUUUAAUCGGCUUAUAGCUCAACAACGCAUAAACAAUAUACUCUUUAAUCUGGAAAUGCAACAGAUAACUGGUGCAGCAGCAACGCAUAAUGUUACCGAGAUGCGGAAUGGAACUGAGAUGAGGAAUGCGACUGAGAUACAGAAUAUGACUGAGAUACAUAAUGUUACUGAUAUGCGGAAUAUGACUGAGGUACAUAAUUUUACGGAGAUACCGGAGACACAGGCUGAUUCAAAUAUUAUAGAUAUUAGCAAUAUUUCUGAAUUUGUUCUAUUUAAAAAAUGA